CCAGAGUGCACCGCCACCGCAACGGCCGGACGGUCGGCCUCGGGCUCCAAGCGCCAUCUUUGUGGGUGAGGAGGCGGUGCGGCCUGUGACCAUGGCGCUCUUCCCCGCCUUUGCGGGUGUCGCCGAGGCUCCGGACAGCGGGAGGAAAGAAUUAGACUGGCUGAGCAACCCAAGCUUUUGUGUUGGAACCAUAACAUCUCUGAGCCAACGAACUGAAGAGGCCACCAAAGCCCCAGUUUCUGAAGGGUCACCACUGACGAGGAGUCCUGUAAAAUCAGAGCCUUCAGAUGAAAGCGACAGUAACAGAAAGCCCAAAGAAGCAGGCAGGAAAAAGAAGAAAGAGAAAAAGAAGAGAAGGCAGCAUGAGCACCACAGGGAAGCCAGGAGCAGGCGCGGGCGCUCGGGCAGCCGUGAGUCUGAGCCAGGCGCCGGUUCUGAAAGGGACCGACCUCCCGGAGGCGUCAGAGCCAAUAAAGGGGAGUCAGAGAAACUGAAUCAAGGAAAUAAUGCCGCCGCAGACACCGGACGUCACUGUGUUUGGCUUGAGGACAUCCAGGCUCUGACGGGAGAGACCUUCCGAAUGGAUAGGAAACCGGAUCCUGCCAACUGGGAAUAUAAGUCUCUUUACCGAGGAGAUAUUGCGAGAUACAAGAGGAAAGGAGACUCCUGCCUCGGCCUCAACCCGAAGAAGCAGUGUGUGUCUUGGGAGGGGACUUCCACAGAAAAGAAGCGUUCCCACAAGCACAUUGAACGCUACUUCACGAAGAAGAGCGUGGGGUUAAUGAGCGAGGCCGGCCUUUCCGUCAGCAGGCAGCCUGUAGCUCCGUCAUCCCAGCCGCUCUCCUUUAUCCCGGUGGGGGGCGUGGACGACGCGGCUCCCCCUGCUGCCAGCUGGCUGAACCCGCUGGGGAUUUACGAUCAGGCCACAACGCAGUGGUUACAGGGACAGGGUCCUUCGGAGCAGGAGUCCAGGCCACCAGACUCACAGCCCGACCGAGAGAGCGCGCUCCUCAAGGCCAGGGUGGAGGAGUUUAACAGGAAGGUUCGGGAGAACCCUCGGGACACGGAGCUGUGGAUGGCUUUCGUUGCCUUCCAGGACGAGGUCAUGAGAAGUCCGGGCCUCUACGCCGUGGAGGAAGGAGAGCCGGAGACGCGGAAGCGGUCCCUGCGGCUGGUCCUGGAGAAGAAGCUGGCCAUCCUGGAGCGGGCCAUCGAGAGCAACCCGAGCAGUGUGGACCUGAAGCUCGCCAAGCUGAAGCUCUGCGCCGAGUUCUGGGAGCCCGCCACUCUGCUCAAAGAGUGGCAGAAACUGAUCUUCUUACAUCCCAACAACACAGCCCUCUGGCAGAAAUACCUGUUGUUUUGCCAGAGCCAGUUCAGCACCUUCUCUGUAUCAAAAAUUCAGAGUCUCUACGGGAAGUGCUUGAGCACCCUGUCUGCCGUGAGGGACGGCAGCAUCGUCUCCCACCCCGAGCUGCCGGGCACCGAGGAGGCCAUGUUUGCCCUCUUCCUCCAGCAGUGCCACUUCCUGCGGCAGGCGGGCCACUCCGAGAAGGCCGUCUGUCUGUUCCAGGCCAUGGUCGACUUCACGUUCUUCAAGCCCGACAGUGUGAAGGGCCUGCCCACCAAAGGCCAGGUGGAGUUCUUUGAGCCCUUCUGGGACAGCGGCGAGCCCCGGGCCGGGGAGAAGGGCGCCCGAGGCUGGAGAGCCUGGAUGCACCAGCAGGAGUGGGGCGGCUGGGUGGCCGUCAGCCCAGAUGACGAGGACGAGGAGCUGGAGGACGAGGAGCAGGAUAUCAGAGACAAGACUCUGCCCCGGUGGCGGAUCUGGCUGGCCGCCGAGCGGUCCCGAGACCGCAGGCACUGGCGGCCGUGGCGCCCAGACAAGGCCAGGAAGCAGACGGAGGAGGACUGCGAGGAUCCCGAGCGCCAGGUGUUGUUUGACGAUCUCGGGCAGUCUCUGAUCCGACUUUCCAGCCCGGAUCUCCAGUUUCAGCUGAUUGCGGCCUUCCUGCAGUUCCUGGGGGUGCCUUCUGGCUUCAGCCCUCCCGCCUCCUGCCUCUAUCUGGCCAUGGAUGAGAACAGCAUCUUCGACAACGAACUUUAUGACGAAAAGCCCUUGACUUUCCUCGACCUCUCCUGCUCCGGCGUCGGCUGUGUGGGCCACAUGGACCCUCUGGGUGGCCGGCGCUGGCCCCGGGGUCCCAGUCGAGAGGGCGAGGAGUUUAUCCGCAACGUCUUCCACGUGGUGCUGCCUCUGUUUGCAGGCAGGGAGCGGUCUCAGCUCUGCGUCUUCUGGCUACGGUCAUUUGGUGUCUGCACACUAAAAACAAGAAGAGGUUAAAGUCACUGGGAAAGAACUGCAAAAAACUAGCCAAGAAUCUCCUCAAGGAGCCAGACAACCGCAACAGCGCUUGCCUCUGGCAGCA